AUAAAGGCAAGCAACAAGUUUUUAUUCGAGAAAGAAAAUUAUUCUAUACUUAACAUCGGAGUGAGACAUCGCUUAUUUUUUAUCCCAAAAGUGAGAUCUUGUCAGUUGUACGCGUUUGCCAGAACUAUAUUUAUUCUGACACAUUUGUUUUCUCUUAAUCGCAGCUGUUAGUCAGCGCUUGAGCAAUUUGGCAUUACUUCCAUUCUUGACUCCAUGAACAACAUUUUCCUUUUUGUUACUGUAUAAUCCUGUAACAGUGUACUGGUGUUAGUUGGGGACGAUGUGAGAAGGAGGGAACUGGAACAUCCCCAAUGCGAGCCUGACCGUGGGGAUUAUGUUCGUACGCAGGGGGAUUUCAGUAAGCGAAUGAUCGUUUCAGAAAUGAUGAACAUACAGUCGUAUUUCCAAAACAUUUCUACACCUGCUGUACGGAGAUUGCGGCCUUUGGGAUGGAAGCAGGGUGACGAAGAAGAUAAAUGGGCCGAAAAAGCGAUCGAAUCGCUGGUAAAGAAGCUCAAGAAACGGCGAGGAGCAAUCGAGGAUCUCGAAAAGGCACUCACUCAUCCAGAUGAGCCGUCGAAUUGUGUGACAAUCCCUCGCAGUCUUGACGGUCGCCUGCAGGUCUCCCACAGGAAAGGACUACCUCAUGUUAUCUACUGUCGUGUGUGGCGAUGGCCUGAUUUACAGAAUCAUCAUGAAUUAAAGCCCAAGAAUUGUUGCAACUACCCGUACGAUGCGAAAUCGAGCAGAGAUGUCUGUAUCAAUCCCUACCACUACGACCGAGUGGAAACUCCUGUUCUUCCUCCUGUACUCGUUCCACGGCAGAAUGAAUACAGUCCCCAGCAUACCAUGCUGCCAUUUCACCAAAUGGAUGAAGCCGCAAUGCCGCUCAAUUACAGUUACGACCAGAGUCCCAGCCCGUCCAAUCACUCUAUAAUUAGCAGCCAUUCGAUGCCGGGUUCCAUGUCCCCUUCGCCGAGUUCGUCUGUCGGCGCAGCUGGUCCGAGCAGCCCUUAUAAUGCAUGUGAUUCUCCGCCUCCUCCGUACAGUCCCGUAGUACAACAGCAGAAUGUGCACCCACAUCAGCUGCAGGGUAUCGAGGACGUUGAAAUGGUGGCAGAAUUGUCUCACCAACAGCGCCACAUACUAGCUGCUAACGAAAAAGGAGAACAUCCCGUCAUGGUCGAAUACGAAGAAAUGGAAUCGUGGUGCAUUAUUCAGUAUUACGAACUCAAUGUCCGUGUCGGAGAAGCAUUCCAUGCGCCAAGCAAGAAUGGAGCUCAGGGAGUGAUAAUUGAUGGGUUCACGGACCCUACUGUGAAUGGAAAACGAUUCUCGAUUGGGCAGCUUUCGAAUAUUCAUCGUAAUUCUACUAUUGAGAACACGCGUAAACACAUUGGAAAAGGUGUUCAUAUUUACUACGUCAACGGGGAAAUAUACGCUGAAUGUUUAAGCGAAAGCGCCAUUUUCAUCCAGAGCCGGGAAGCUAAUUUGCGGCAUGGCUUUCAUCCGACUACAGUGGUUAAACUGACUAACAACCGCAGCCAGAUGAUCUUCAGUACUCGCACCUUCGCCCAGUUGCUACAGAAUCGCGCUGCUCAACCACGUGGCUAUGAGCACGUAUACGAAAUGCUCAAGAUGUGCAUGGUACGGAUGAGUUUUGUGAAAGGAUGGGGAGCUGAAUAUCAUCGUUCGGAUGUGACAUCCACUCCGUGUUGGAUUGAGAUCCACUUGACCAGUCCGCUCAAAUGGCUGGACAGGGUUCUUCAAGAACUGACCCCUCCGCCAAAUUUUGUUUCUUCUCAUACGUGAUUUUCCUUUUUUUUAAAUAAGUGCCUUGAAGAUUUUGUGAAUAUCUAGCUAUUGUUACCGCGCAGCUACUCGUUUAAUUUUUUUUAGCAUUUCAGCAUGGUACUAAGGAUGCGAUUACUUCUGUAUUUUGCCCUCUGUGUAAAGUUAUAGACGUGGGAAAUUGCCAUUGCGAGAACAGAAAUAUACCCUGUUAAUAUUUAAAGUAA